AUGCUGUGCGCCAGACUUUGUACGUACUUCUUCGCCUAUGGUCCAGAACUGUGGUUGAAGUUUGUGUAUGAAGAAAUGAUGGAAGUGGAUGAAGUAGAGCAGGCGAAUGAAAUUGUGAAGGAAAAUGCAGCUCUCGUCCAACCUGAUUGGGAUCUUGCUUUGAAGGAAAUGCCUAAUCCGCAAUUUUUCGUUGGACUGCGCAAACACGGUGAAAAAUCACUUUUUGCGAAUGUAGAGAAACAAGGAGACGAAUACAUUUGUGCAGAUUCCUCAAUUCGGGUUUCUGUUCAGCAGUCGUGUAAUUCUCUACAAUUGGAGUAUGCCGGCGCUAAGGCGACGUUCCUUUCUCCUGUGUCUGAAAUUCGAGAUCUCCACGAUUUUGCGAUUCAGUCAAUGGACAUUUCUUGCACUGGAAAUCUUAUAGUUACUUCUGAUACUAAUGGAUCUCUGAUAGUAUCCAAUGUGAUGAAUGGAAGCCUUUUGCGUCACUUAAAAGGUCACACUAUGGAUGUUUAUAAAUGUCGAUUUUUCCCCAGUGGAUUGGUAGUUCUCUCAGCUGGUAUGGAUAUGACAGUGAAAGUAUGGUCAGUGGAAAAUGGACAAUGUCCCCGCACAUUCAGAGGUCACAUAAUGGCUGUGACAGACCUUGCCAUCAUCGGAAUCGGUCGUGAAGUACUGUCCUGUUCACAUGAUGGUACAAUAAUCAAAUGGCUUUGCGCUGAUGGCUCUGAACAAGAACGAUGGAGACCUGAAGCUGGGCCUUGUAAUGCUUUGGCCAUUGAUCGAAAAUCAGAAAUUUUUGCUGUUGCUUGUGAAGCGAAGAAAUGUGUAGUGUAUUCCGUAGAAGGGCCUACCAGAGCUACAAUUGUCACGGAUAAUGUUCCAACUGCUGUUUGUAUAGAUCAUGAGAUGGAUAAUGUGAUUUUUAUCGGUGACGAAGGGGGGAUGGUAUCGGUGUACGAUACGAAGUCGAAAUCUUUCAUUUACCGCCUUCAAACAAACAGAGGCAGUGUAAUGAAGAUAAUGACAAGAGAUGAAGGCGUAUUCGUUUCAUUCAAAGACGGUUCGAUGUGCUGCUAUGUUCGCGAAAGUUCAUCACCUUCGGUUGCACCGACCCCGCUAUACGAAUUCACUGGAUCUGACUGUGACCCAAUUUAUGAUUUCUGUUUCAAUAUGAAACAUCUCUUCACGGCUAGCAGAGACCGAGUAAUGCUAAAAGCACACCAGUUCCUGGACAUAUAUCUUCCAAAACUACAAAAAGUGCAAGUUAGAUUCAAAACGGUCAAGUUCAAGCCAAAGAUUGCCAAGAAUCGACCGCUCAAGACACCGUCUGCUGUUGCGCUGGAUCAUUGCGAUUUCUAUUAUGGACCUAUGUUCGGGAAGCGAUGGCCCAGCAUUAGGUUAGGCUUGCUCACACCGAACAAGUACAUUGCGGUGAUGAACACAUUUUCGAAGAGUUGUGAUGCUCAUGAAGAUAUCCUGAAGGAUCUGAGCACGUUGGACCUUUUGGCGAGGAUCCGAGGGAAAACAGCUGCGGAACGUAUCGAAGCGAAGAAACUCCGUGUUGACAGCGUCGCGAAAAAGGAAACAGAACAAGCAAUGAAAGAAAUGGAAGCAUGUGAGCCGGAACGAACCUCAUCAAGCUACGAGGAUCCACUGAUGCGCACUGCAGCUGGCUUGGCGGAGUUCCAACCUCCAUCGGAAUCCAUUAGUCCAGGCGAAUUACAAAUGGGCAAGAAGAAGCAAAAGAAGGAAAAUCUUGAAAAUUUCCAAGUCACAGGGUUCGAAGCCGAGGGAAUGGAGAUGGUUCGUCGAAAUCAUUUCAUUUAUUAUCCACGAGAACUGCGCUUGAGAUGUUAUGAUCGUGGCGUAUUGUCAGAUUUUCCUCCUCCAGUAAAAGACGACAACGGUAUACCAAGUUGGUGGCUUCUUGACGGAGGAUCACUUGUACCAGUGCUUGCUCUUGGACUGGAAAAAGGCGACUCUUUGUUGGAUGUUUGCGCCGCACCUGGAGGAAAGAGUCUAUUGGCGUUACUGACUAAACUGCCAGAAAAAGUAGUUUGCAACGAUUUCAAACUGGCGAGACUUGGACAACUGAAAAGAGCUCUAUCCACUUACGUUCCGUCAAACGCUGCAGAAGCGGACACGGUGAUUUUGAAAAGAAAAGAUGCCAGCAAUCUAGCCACGUGGGAUGAAUUGAACACUUAUGACAAGGUGAUAGCAGAUGUACCCUGCUCGACUGAUCGCCUCGCUGUAAAUCAGGACGAUGGUAAUAUGUACUCUCCACAAAUGACUAACGAACGACUGAGUUUACCACAAUUGCAAACGAAGAUAUUAAUAAAUGCGUUGCGUUCUGUGAAGGUCGGUGGAUCGGUGGUGUAUUCCACUUGUACAUUAUCCUCGAUUCAAAAUGAAUCUGUUGUCGAGAACGGUGUUGCUAUAGCGGAACAAAAGUUUGGUGUUCGGGUGGUCGAAGAGUCGCUUUCACAACUGGUUACGCAUCUCUCAUCCUCAGGACUCUAUCGUUUCUCUGACCAAUGCCGAACGGGUAUCAGAAGAAUAUUGCACACUGGAGAAGCAGCAGUGCAUUGCGAUACCGUUGAUGUUGGCCUAAAUGGAUGGCACGUGGAUUAG